GUACCAGUCAUACCGGCCGGUGUGAUAUGGUAUUUACUUCUUUGGUAGAGGGUAUUUUCAAGGAUCGCAUGGGUAAUUGGGUGUUGGGUUAUGCCAGGAAUGUUAGGUUUACUAAUAGUUUAGUUGUUGAGAUGUGGGCUAUCAAAGAUGGUAUGCAUAUUGCAAACCGGAGGGGAUUUAGAAGGGCUUUGCUGCAACAAUUUGAACAUGUGGAGAUAUCCCACGUCGUGAGGGAAGCAAACAUGAUUGUAGACCAACUUGCAAAAAUGGGAUUGUGCAAGAAUGAUAAAGAAAGCAAGAAUGAUGUAGAUGAUGGAAGAAAGAUAAAGUCUGAGAAUGGAGAUGUUGUCAAGUGUGAACCAGUAACUGAGGAAGGUGUUGUAGCCAGACAUUGUAGAUGCAUUGGAAGAUGCCUUAUAUUAGGUGACAACAUGAGCUUUCGAUCUGUUAACAAAAUGUUUUGGAUGGCAGCCCCACCAAUCCAAUGGAAAGCUGCUACCUUCGAGGGGGUUGAGGACUAUGAUAAUCUAACACCCUGCCUCGCCUCCUUAAAGAAAGGUGAUGUUAUUUUCCAUUUCAUUGAUCCAUUUCGCGGUGAAAAAUAUUUUAUUAGCCUCCCUAACAACCAAUCAAAAGAUACCAAGAUGUGCUACUCAAGGGAUGGUUGGUGUGUCAUGUUACAAGGAGAACGUCCCAUAUUCCUCUGGAAUCCUUUAGUAGAGGAGACCACUCCGCGUCCUGAUUUGCUUCCAGAUUUUCUUGUUGGAUGGAGAUAUGUUCUCGGCAGCAGUUUCUCAUCCUCAAAAGAUUGGGUUGUCUUGAUUCGUAAUGAUUAUCGAAUUCACUUCAUCUUUCUGGUGGAAGGUGAAUGGCAUAGUUUUCAAAUAGAUAAUGACUUGGGGCCUUGAAUGAGUUGGGUUACUGAUCCAAUAUUCUAUGAUGGGGGUUUCUACUUUUUCUGUAUGGAGGAAAUCUGGCCGUUGUUAAAUGUCAUGAAGAGGAUUCAUUUUUUGAAAUUCUCAACCAACUUAAAACACCUUGCUCUUCUGAUGAAAGUUUCUUGUUGGAAUGUGAUGGUGUGCUUUUGUCAGUGCUACGGGUUUCUUGGGAGAGUGGGUUAGAGUUUUCAAGCUGGACUUUUCUGAGAUGGCUUGGGUUGAAAUUGAAUGGAAAAAACACCAUUUUUGUUAGCCGCUUUUUAUGUUUCUCGAUGACAGCAUCAAGUCCGGGAAUGAAGAACAGAGUUUAUU